GGUUCAUGUCAGACAGUAAAAGUUCAAUCAAUCAAUUAUUUUUGUUUUUGUUGACGCUCUCCCACUUAGUUCCUAUUAUUUUUACACAUUAAAAACAUGAAGAUAGUGAUUAUUUUAGAAACUACGAGAUAAUAUAAAUUGAUGUUUAUUAGGCAGUGUAAUCAGAAAAAUAUAUUAGUUUAUCAGAAAUACCCACCUAUCUAAUAAUGAAUGGGUUUAUAGCUGUACAUUGUGGUGCUGGUUAUCACAGUGAUACAUUGAAAAAGGAAUAUCAAAAAACUUGUUAUUUAGCAUGCAGGAAAGCUGCCACUGCUCUCCAGCAAGGUGGUAACGCCGUAGAUGCUGUAGAGAAAGCCAUAAUAGAAUUAGAAAAUAGUCCACUAACUAAUGCUGGCUAUGGAUCAAACCUAAGUUGGAAUGGCACUGUAGAAUGUGAUGCAUCUCUCAUGAAUGGCCAAACUUUACAUUUUGGUGCCUGUGGGGCUGUUUCAAAUGUAUGGAAUCCAAUCACAUUAGCCAAACAAUUAUGCAUUAAACAAUGUGAUAAUUUGUCUUUGGGCAGAGUCCCUCCUUGCAUACUUACUGGACAUGGAGCAAGAUCCUGGGCACAAAGACUGGGUUUGGAAAUUGUAGAAGAUCACAAAAUGGUCUCAGCACGUGCAUUUCGAAACUAUAAACAUUGUAAAAGAAAGCUGAAACGAUAUUCCAUACAAAAUGAUAUUAAAUUUAGCCCAUUAGACACAGUUGGGGCAAUCUGUGUGGAUUCCAAUGGUGUUGUAGCUUCUGGAGCAAGUUCUGGUGGUGUUUCUUUGAAGCAUGAAGGCAGAGUUGGGCAGGCUGCUUCCUUUGGCAGUGGAGUUUGGGCAGUAAUGAGCAGGGAUGGCACAAAGCCUUCAGUGGCCUCUUGCACUUCUGGAUGUGGGGAACAUUUGAUUCGAACACAGCUAGCUAAAAAUUCUGCAGAAAGUUUGCUUGACCCUUCUCCAGUUUUAGGCCUUGAUAAAUGUUUGAAAGAGAAUUUCCUACAGUCACCUUUUUUAUGGGAUGUCCCUGAUAGGCUUGGUGGAACAUUAGCUUUGAAAUUUGAUGCACUGAAUGGUGAAGGAGAAUUACUUUGGGGUCACACUACAAAAACAAUGUGUAUUGGGUACAUGUCAACUGAAAACGACAGACCAAAGUGCAUCAUUUCUUAUCUGCCACAAAAAGUGGAACCAGGCCAGAAAGCAGUUGUAUCAGGACAGUCAUUCAAAGUGUCCAUGCAGCCUUGUCCUGUGAAGUGGGAGGUAAAAGCAGAGUCUGGUUGUAAUGGAUCUCUUCUAGAAUAAUGUAAAAUAUUUAGAUGUAAGCACAAAUAAAUAAAAUGUGUGAAGUGCAGUUGGAAAAUAAAGUUCUUAGUACCAUAA